AUGGCUGAUCGCACAGAUGUCCUCUCAAGCGUGAUCAAGUGGAUCAGCGUUGGUUCCUGCACAGCAGGGGCUCUUGCAUCUGCGUCUCUUCUUUUCCAGGGCUCAUAUGUGGGCGACUUUCUGCUACACUUAGUCUUAUCCAUGUGGCUUGUCCUCAUGGGUCUUGCGGAUUUCAGUUUGGAGCCGGCAAACACGCUCAAUGCUAAGUAUAUCUCAGAGACAGGAAGAAUGCCCGUAAAGCGGGGCGCUUGUAUGAUCAUAAUCUCGCUUAUGCUCCCUUGCUACACUACCUGGACGCAGCUUUUAGCAUCUGUUACAACACUUUUCAUUCUCACAAAGGUGCUUUGGAUCAUCUUACUCACGGGAGGAGCCUUGGUCAUGAUUUUGGGAAUAGCUCUUCACUUUUGCGCCUGA